UCUCACUGAAAAAAGUUCAUCAUAUUAAUAAAUGGCGGUUUAUAGGUCUUUCAUGAAGCCAAACCAGCAUUUCUUCCAAACCCAGGAACCCCAUGCGCCAAAAUCCACUUCCACUUCCAAAAAACAGUUGCUUUUGAGAGCUGUGAGAAAUAACGCAGAUGGCGAAGAGAGGAAGAUGACAAUUAGUAAGGAGAAAAACGGAGGAGAAAAACCAGUGACGCCAUUGUUGGACACAAUUUGUUACCCAGUUGACAUCAAGAAUCUGUCUCUGCAGGAAGUUGAAGAAAUGGCAGAGGAAAUUCGAGAAGAGAUUGUAUAUUCAGUAUCGAAAUCAGGUGGGCAUUUAGGUUCCAACUUGGGAACUGUGGAGCUCACGCUGGCGUUGCAUUACGUCUUCAACGCACCACAAGACAAGCUCCUGUGGGACGUUGGUCAUCAGGCAUAUACACACAAGAUUGUUACGGGGAGGAGGAGUAGAAUGCACACUAUAAGGAAGCAUGGGGGACUCUCAGGUUUCCCCACGAGGAAUGAGAGUGUUUAUGAUGCUUUUGGGGCUGGACACAGCUCUACCACUAUAUCUGCUGCUCUUGGCAUGGCGGUUGCUAGGGAUUUGGUAGGGCAAAACAACAACGUAAUUUCAGUGAUCGGAGACGGAGCCAUGACGGCGGGCCAAGCAUACGAGGCCAUCAACAACGCCGGCUAUCUCAACGCCAAUCUCAUCGUCAUCCUCAACGACAACCGCCAAGUCUCUCUGCCGACCGCCACCCUCGACGGCCCUACGCCGCCGGUCGGAGCCCUCAGCGCCGCCUUAAAAAGUUACACGUCGUCCUCCUCCGGUGGUAAUCUGUUCCGAGAUCUUGGGUUCUGCUACGUGGGUCCGGUGGACGGCCACAAUGUCAGAGAAUUGGUGGCCACUUUUCAACAGGUGAAGGAACGGUCCGAUCCGGGUCCGGUUUUGAUCCACGUCUUGACCGAGAAGGGCAAGGGCUAUCCUCCGGCCGAGGCCGCACCGUAUAAGAUGCAUGGAGUUGUGGAAUUCGAGGCGAAGACUGGGAAGCAAAUGAAGAGCAAAAGUGGGGGGCUUUCAUACAGCCAAUACUUUGCGGAGGCGUUGAUAAAAGAAGCGGAAUCGGACGAGGCGAUCGUGGCGAUCCACUCGGCGAUGGGCGGCGGAACAGCGCUUAAUUACUUCAAGAAGCGCUUUCCGGAGCGGUGCUUCGACGUGGGGAUCGCCGAGCAGCACGCCGUGAGUUUCGCGGCGGGGCUCGCGGCGGAGGGCAUGAAGCCCUUUUGUUCCAUUUAUUCCACCUUCCUCCAACGGGGAUUCGAUCAGGUACAUGAUGUAGACCUUCAAAAAUUACCAGUCCGCUUUGUGGUGGAUCGGGCGGGUUUGGCAGGUCCUGAAGGUCCGACCCAUUGUGGAGCAUUUGAUAUAUUACAUACCUCUUGUUUGUCCAAUAUGAUCGUCAUGGCUCCAUCUGAUGAAGCUGAACUUAUUCACAUGGUGGCCACAGCAGUUGCCAUAGAUGACAGACCAAGCUGCUUCAGGUUUCCAAAGGCAAAUGGAAGUGGAUUAACACUUCUCCCUCCUAAUAACAAAGGAACCCCACUUGAGAUUGGAAAGGGUAGGAUAUUGAUGGAAGGGGAUAGAGUAGCUCUCUUGGGGUAUGGAUCAGCAGUUCAACAAUGUCUUGAAGCAGCUACAAUGCUGAAAAGUCGAGGGGUUUCUACGACGGUUGCAGAUGCAAGAUUUUGCAAGCCUCUCGACGCAACGCUCGUCAAACGCUUAGCUAAGGAGCACGAGAUCGUUAUUACUGUAGAGGAAGGUUCAAUAGGAGGUUUUGGAUCACAUGUAUCUCAGUUCUUAAGCUUGGCUGCAAUUCUAGAUGGACCCCUUAAGUUUAGGGCUAUGGUGCUUCCAAAUAGAUACAUUGACCAAGGGUUGCCUCAGCACCAGCUUGAGGAAGCUGGUUUGUCUUCUAUGCAUAUUGUUGCACAAGUUUUAUCUCUUCUUGGGAGAGACCAGAAGAAGGUGAUCUAUCAACCAAAAUCAGUGUAGAGAAUCCAACAUUUUGC